AUGACAAUGUCUGGCUCUCUGUCUACGUGGCUCAAUCUUGGCCGAGUCUUUGCUGCCUGCUUGGUUGCCUUUGGCCUUGCGUGCACCUUUAAGCCGGAGAUGACGGGCGGAUUUUUUACCGUUGCCCUCAGGUCUGCCAGCGAGGAUGAGAAAAGCCAAGGUGCCGCUGCGGCUAUGAUCCGCAAUGAUAAUCGGGAAGCAGUUGCGAUGCUCAUCGGAAGUAGAGACUUGGCCAUUGGCAUUUCUAUCCUCGCACUCAGCAGAGCAGGCAAACAUGACAAAAUGGGUAUCGUGAUGCUUAGCACACUAUGUGCAUCCAUCUCGGACACCCAGUUGGCAUGGCGUAAUAGAAAGUAUCCCGAGGCAACUUUCAUUGCUGCGACGAGGGCCGGCGUCGCUCUUGUUGGUGCCAAGCUCUGCAGACUGGUGUGA